AUGGAUUUCAUUCGCCCUCAAAAUGAUCUAUCUAGCUUACCGCCAGAACCACUAACCACUGCAGGCAAUAGAAAAGUCCUCGCCUACAUCGAAACAACAUUCAACCAUAUCCUACAUGAGAUCCAGAUCCGUCCUUGUGGUAAACCAGUGAUUGUGCUUCGACGCAUCGUUUCAGUGAGACCAUACCAUGACGAGAAUGACCUCAACCGCUUGAAAUGGCAUAUUGAAGACCGUGAAGUAACGUAUUCCUUUCCAGCGAAAACUAAGGAUGAGGCUUGGAGAUUUGCAUGCGUCGGGCAGAUUCUGGCUGCGAUAUACUCAGCAAUCAAGGAUGGAAUCACGGUCACCAAAAGGGACAUCUACUACCAGGACCCGGCUCUCUUCAAGCAGCAAGAAACCGUCGAUCGGUACAUCGACGACAUUGCUCACACUUGCCAGGUGACCAGGAGUGAUCUGAACGUGAUUGGUAGUCCCAAAGGCCUCCUUGUCGGGCUAGAUCCUGAUGCCAAUGACCGAAUGGCGAUAGUCCCUGCAGUGAAUAAUAUUGAGACCUCAAUGAGACUUUCUCAUCUCAACUGGAUCCUUGUCGUCGAGAAAGAGGCGACGUUCAAUGCACUGGUGGAGAGAAAAUUCCAUCUGAAUUCUAUCAACGGCCCCGGCCUGCUUGUGACUGCCAAAGGUUAUCCAGACUUAGCAACUCGCCAUUUCCUUCGCUUCGUUCUGGACCAUUCAGAAACACCUCUGCCAAUAUUCUGCUUGAUCGACUGGGACCCAGAUGGCAUACAGAUUCUCAAGUGCUAUUUGUAUGGCUCGAAGAACUUGGCACGAGAGCACGUCUGCAAUAUACCAGAAUUGAAGUGGUUGGGCUUGAAAGCGGACGACGUUGCUCCUGGAGAUGGUGUUCAGAUAAGCAUGCCGUUAUCGAUGCGGGAUCGAGUAAUCGCUCUUUCAAUGUUGACAAGUCAAGAGUGGAGAGAUGGUUCGGAUAUUUCAUUGCCAGGUCUCGUUGACGCGAUGAACGAGCUCCGACGAAUGCUCAUGCUGAAUCGAAAGGCAGAGAUCCAGAGCUUGGAUGAUAGAGAGGGCGGUCUUGAAAGGUGGUUGACAAAUCGGCUUGCCAUCGAGCUGCACGACGAUAGCAUUGUACACUAA